AUGAAAUCACUGGUUUUCAGCCGCUUCUUCAUUCUGCUGCCCUGGGUCCUCAUCGUCAUCAUCGUGAUCGAUAUUGACAGUAAGAGGACGAUCCCCCCAGCAGCCGGUCAGAGCGGCCAGGCGCAAUUGGCGGCCCAGACCGGCGCACCGGGGGUCGGCGACACCCAGAAUCUGUCUGCCCUGCCUCUUAUCUACGCCAUCACUCCGACCUACAGCCGCCCGCUGCAGAAAGCGGAGCUGACCCGGCUGGCCCACGCCUUCCGCCAGGUGCCCCGGUUCCACUGGGUCGUCGUGGAGGACUCCACAGCGCACACGGAGCUGGUGACGCGCUUCCUGGCCCAGUGCGGCGUGCAGUACACGCACCUGAAUUUCUACACUCCCCGCAGGUUCAAGCGGAUCGGGAUGCCUCGCGCCACCGAGCAGAGGAACGUUGCCCUCACCUGGCUCCGGCGGAAUCGGACCAAGACGGAAGCCGCGGUGGUUUUUUUCGCAGAUGACGACAACACGUACAGCCUGGAGCUGUUCGCAGAGAUGCGUAGCACUCGAGCUGUGUCUGUUUGGCCUGUGGGAUUUGUGGGUGGCAGAAGUUAUGAGCGCCCCCUGGUGUCUAGGGGAAAAGUUGUGGGCUGGUACAGUGGCUGGAGACCGGACAGACCCUUCGCCAUCGACAUGGCAGGUUUUGCGGUGAACCUCCAGGUGAUUCUGGCGAAACCGAAGGUGCUGUUCAAGCGGCUUGGCGCCCAGCCCGGGAUGCAGGAGUCCGACUUCCUCAAUCAGAUUGUCAAGCUCACCGAGUUGGAGCCCAAGGCCGACAAUUGCACUAAGGUGCUGGUUUGGCACACUCGCACAGAGAAGCCAAUCCUUAUGAAUGAGCCAAAACCUCGAAAGGACACUAUGGUCAUUGAGGUGUGA